GCAAAGCACGUUCUUUAUUAUAAAAAAUUAUUCCAACGGUGAAGAGCUGGCCCAGUGCUAAUUAAGUAACUUUUAUACAUUUCUAACGCUUUCAAGACUACAACAGCAACAUGGUGUACCAGGUGAAAGACAAGGAUGAUCUUCAGGCUCAGCUGACCAAGGCUGCCGGCAAGCUGGUGGUGCUGGACUUCUUCGCCACCUGGUGUGGACCCUGCAAGAUGAUCUCGCCCAAGCUGGCCGAGCUUGCCACGCAGUACGCCGAGAACAUCGUCGUCCUGAAGGUCGAUGUGGAUAUCUGCGAAGACAUCGCCAUGGAUUACAACAUCUCCAGCAUGCCCACCUUCGUGUUCAUUAAGAACGGCUUAAAGGUUGAGGAGUUUGCCGGCGCCAAUGCCACGCGUGUGGAGGAUGUCAUCAAGGCCAAUAUCUAAGCGCCUAGACGUCGUCGGACAGCCCACUACUGAUCCACCUAUGAGUUUUCUUCAUAAACAUUUAGUUAAUUAUUCCAUAAGUGCAGGGUUCACAAAGAAAGACCGCUCCCGCUGCUCCUUGACUCGGCGUCACACGAAGCGAUGCUGCAGUGCAGCUUGCAGGGUGGCGGAAGCAGCUGGAAACAGCGCAAAAAGUGAGAUACUAAGUGGCUUUUAAUUGUAAUACUUGCUUAAUCAACAAAAGAAACGAGAAAAACAAACUAAGAUUGUUCAUUUUUGUAUUGGAACCAAUUAAACAAACGCAAUUGUCCGUGAGUAAACUCUUAAAAUAAAUGUAACACGUUCUCCGUUUUGUAAUGGA